AUGUCCUCCGAUGGCCCAGAUACUCUUCCAACGCCUGCAUCAUCGUCACGACCAAAAGGGACGCCCUCGAUAACGCCUCGCCGCUUUAAUCGUUUCUGGCAACCAAGACAGUUUCAGACUCAGCCGUUGCCAAAGUUUAGAACUGCUCUUGGGAGCUUGGACGAGUUUGAUACUAACCAGCAGCCCAUUUCCCCCCAAUCUCUUUUUCAUAGUGAUCCUAUUCUACCUUCUUCUCCAAGUGAUAGAUUCCAGGAUGAAUCACGGAAGAGGAAGCUUCAGGCCGAGGCUUCGGGUGAUGAGGCUGUCUUCAAGAGGCCAACAUUGAACUUGGAUGAUAUGCCACCACUUCGAUUCCGUGCCACCACAACUACCUCUACCUCAAGCAACACACUUCCCGGCUAUGAUAAUGAAACCCAAGUGUCAGAAAGUCAAAUUAGUCUGGAGAGUCUUGAUAGCUAUAGAAGAGCUACCCUGAGCAAUUUCUUCAAGACCAGCCGUGGAGUUGCUCGAACUCCUAAAAAGUCACCCUUUCUCGUUGAUACACCCAGCAUCACCGAGGAACCUCAACCUGAUAACGAGCUAGCCAACUACGCACCUAGACCAAUCCGAAAAUUCGGCGAUAGGGGCGUUGCAUCACAAUUACUCAACCGUGAGCAUGGACUUGGAUAUUCAACCGGCCAGACAUAUCUUCACACUCCAGCAUGCGACCCUCGAACCGAGACUGCAAGGUUUCACAGCCGCUGUAUCGAUUCUUAUGAAUGUCUAACUCCUAGUGGCGGCCGCACCAUCCCCUUCUGCCUUACAAGCACUCACAAUGCCCCCGUGACGGCUGUCGGUGAUGAAGAAGGUUGUGUUAGGUUCUUCGACACUUCUCCAAACGAUGAUCCCAACGAGGAAAAGGACUUAGGCGUUCACUCUGUUCAUGACAAUGCCAUCUGGGAUAUGGACUUUUCCCAAGAUGAUAUGCGUCUUGCGACUACAGCUGGUGACGCAGCUCUGGUCAUGGAUGUUACGACCAAGUCUAUUGCUGCCAGACUCGCAGAUGGCCAUUAUAACUCGACUCGGCAGAUUGCUUGGCAGAAAGGCCAAUCCACUGGCAAUGUAUUGACAACAUCAGACAAGGCUGGUCGAAUUCGACUCUGGGAUUUGAGGUGCCCUCAUUCUCAUGUGAGAAGUUUCUCAACAAUCAGUAGCAGCGAGACAGGUCGUCGAACCGUUGCUGUUCGAGAUGAGACCAUCAGACCAUUCCAGGCCUCGACCGUGAACACUCUUGACAACACCCAUGAGCGUACUGCCCAUGGUAAGACCUCUCCUGCUUCUGUUACUGCAAUCCAAUGGCUUCCUGCUGGUCGUGAACACCUUUUACUCUCGGCUUCUGAGGCUGAAGCUGUUGUCAAGCUCUGGGAUCUUCGGUAUAUCAACCGUCGUCACCAAGAAAAGAGCACGCCUCUCUCAGCUACCGCCGUGCCCUCCAACCACGCCUGGCGUUCGUAUGGUAUCACCUCUCUGUCUCUCAGCAGUGAUGCCGCCCGUAUGUACGCAGUGUGCAAAGAUAAUACCAUCUACGCUUACUCCAUGGCUCAUCUCAUGCUUGGCCACGCUCCUGAGCUCAAAGACCUUGCCACUAAGAGGAGACCCAUCGAAGCCCAAGGCCUAGGGCCUCUUUAUGGUUUCAAGCAUGACUCUUUCGCAGCACGAACAUUUUUUGUCAAGUGCAGAAUAAGACCCAAGGGCCUCUCCCACUCAUCCGACCUCCUUGCAGUGGGUAGCUCUGAGUCUUCGGUCGUGCUCUUCCCCACAGACGAGCGGUAUCUUCGAUCUGCUUGUGCCCAGCGCGCUCACCUCCUUGAUCCACCUGGAUCUGCACUUACACCCUCACGCUCGUUCUCAUCUGCCGCAGGCGCUGAACCCACCUCCUCCACAAUCCCCAUCUUCCGCAAUGGCACAGCUCUUGUCCAUGGCCAUCAACGCGAAGUUUCAAACGUCAGCUGGAGUUACGAUGGCAAAUUAGUCAGCGCGUCUGACGAUUCUAUCGUACGUCAGUGGCAGGAGGACGAAGGCCGGGCUCGGUACUUGAGACAAAUUGGAGAUUUUGGUGGUGAGCGAUACAUGGCGGGCUGGGCUGAUGUGGGUAGUGACUGGGAUGAUGAAGAUGAUGAGUAA